AUGGGUGAGCAAACCCAGGUCCAAACCCAAACCCAAACCCAGCCCCAGACUCCGACUCCGACCCAACCGCCUCACCAUGACUCCAUCGACGACACCACAAUCGCCGAAGUGAGCCCCACACCCACCCAACUCACCAAUGCUCCCUCCCAAACCUCAUCGCCCCCUUCCAAAAUUCCCUUCCGCCCCCGAAAGAUCCGCAAGUUAUCGCCCGACACCUCCGACCCCAAUUCCUCCCAACAAAUCGUCGCCUUACCCGACAACCCCAAACCCCUUCCCGCCGCCGCCAAGUCCGCCAAGUCCAAGGCCGUCCAGCAACGCGCCCUUUCGGCCCCGAAAAUCGCAGCGCGGCCGCUUUCCUGCGAAGGUGAGGUCGAGGCGGCAAUCCGCCAUCUCCGAAACGCCGAUCCGCUCUUGGCUCCGUUGAUCGACCUCCACCAGCGGCCGACCUUUGACACCUUCCAGACCCCCUUCCUUGCCCUAACCCGUAGCAUUCUCUACCAGCAACUCGCAUACAAGGCCGGCAAUUCGAUCUACACGCGCUUCGUCAGCCUGUGCGGCGGAGAGGCCUGUGUCGUCCCCGAGACGGUCCUCGCCCAAACGCCUCAGCAGCUCCGCCAAAUCGGGGUUUCGGGCCGAAAAGCCAGCUACCUCCACGACUUGGCCAGAAAGUACCAGAACGGGAUUCUAUCGGACGCGGCGAUUGUAAAUAUGGACGACAAGUCGCUGUUCACAAUGCUGACGAUGGUCAAUGGGAUCGGCUCUUGGUCUGUGCACAUGUUCAUGAUUUUCUCGCUUCACAGGCCCGACGUGCUUCCGAUCAACGACCUCAGCAUGCGCAAAGGCGUUCAGCUUCUCUACAAUCUUGACGAGUUGCCUCGGCCGUCUCAGAUGGAGCAUUUGUGUGAGAAGUGGCGGCCGUACCGGUCCGUCGCGGCUUGUUAUAUGUGGAGAUUUAGUGAAUCCAAGGGAGCUCCUUCAAGUGCGGCGGCCGUGGCGGCUGGUGCGACUCUACCGCCACAGCAGCAGCAGGAGGAGCAGCAACAACAGCAUCCGCAGCACCCUCAGCAACAGCAGCUUAUGGAUUCACUCAGCAGUCUUAUUAAUAUUGGGUAUAAAUUUCAAUCCUUUUCAAUUUAA